CUUUCUUUUCUACCCAUAACUCUUUCCCUCCCCAAACAGGAAGGGCAGAGAAGAAAUUAGAAACCCCUCUCUAUACAAACCCUUGUGUUUGUGAACCCUUUUGCACCCAUAUGGACUUCAAGCUCUGCCUGGUCGCGCUCCUAUUGGCCCUGGCCGUAGCAGUCGAGGCCUCCCAGCUCCAUGAUGCUGGCUGGGGCAUUGCCCGCUACAGCCACGACUCAUCCCUCGUCGACGUCAGCGUGGGUGACGUCAUUGGAGUGGACAACGAGAUGAUGCUUGACUCCGAAUCAAGCCGCCGCACGCUGCGCGGUCGAGGCAGGUACAUCAGCUACGGUGCUCUCAAGAAGAAUGGCAUUCCAUGUCGCCGCCGUGGUGGGUCGUACUACAACUGCGGUGGACCCAGAAGGCAGGUUAACCCCUAUCGUCGUGGUUGCACUUACAUCACCAGAUGCGCCAGGCAAGCCUAAGAAGCUAGAAGAAGAAGAGGAAGAGGGGAAUAAAGUUAUGCAGAAGAGAGGGUGGGACUAGAAAAAUUAUAUAAAGACGAAGACGAGGACGAUCAGUUCCUCUAGUUAAUAUUGUGUGUAAUAUUUGUAGUAUAUGCGGGUGCAAAAGGGUUUCCUUCUCUUCCUCUCGCUUCUGUAUAAUUGCUAUGUGUGUAUUUCAAGAAGAAAAUAAAAGGCUAGAUAUAAAUAUAUACCUGAUGUGAUCUUGAUCAUGUGGAAUAUAAAGACAGAAGCUAGGGUUUUGUUUUUUGAAUUUAA